AUGGACGCCGUCGAGAUAGCUUGUGUUAUUUAUUUUUACUCCCGAAAACAACGAAAGAAAUAUAAAAAAAGAUACUGGAUUCAUCCUUUACUAGAAACACGCAACGAAUUCGGCCAGUUCGCAAGUUGUUUUCAAGAACUGAAGAAGCACCAAGAUAAAUUUUUCGGCUAUGUUAGAAUGAGUGUUUCGUCAUUUGAAGAACUACUAACAGUUUUAUAUGACACCAUCAAAGGACAAGAUACUAAAUUUCGUGAUUGUAUCCAACCCGAAGAGAAAUUAGUAAUAACAUUAAGAUAUUUUGCAACAGGUUGUACAUUCACGGAACUACAUUAUACAUUCAAAAUUGGAGUAAGCACUGUAGCAGAAAUCGUACGAGAAGUUUGUUUUGCAAUUUGGUUUUGUCUGAAAGAUAUUUGUUUGCCUGAACCAAACAAAGACGCUUGGAAAAAAAUUGCCAAUGAUUUUUUUCAAAGAGCAAAUUUUCCUAACUGCUUAGGUGCUGUUGACGGCAAGCACAUACGAUGCAUUGCACCUAAUAACAGUGGCUCGAUGUGUUUUAAUUACUUAUAAAAGUUUUUUCUCUUU